AUAUAAAGUACACCCACUCGUCGUAGAACUACCAUAGAUUAUUAUUUAUGCUCAGUUGGGUUUUAAUUAAAGCACAAUAUAAGUGAGACGUUUUCUCAGUAAACAGCAGGUUGGCAUCCUAUAAGGUUUUAUUGUGACUGAAAAUGGCUUUAGUAAGGCUACUCUGUAUCUGCCUUUUAGUAACAUUGGUUGGCAGCUAUCCUUUGACGGAUGUGAGUUCAAGCUCGGAAGGACUAACGUCCACACCAGUCAGUAAGGGUAUAACAACAAUGGAGGACCUGAAGGAACAUGAGACAGACACAAAAGAUAAAGUAACUCCUCGUGGUUUUUUAGAAAUUCUUUAUGACAUGCUAGUGCAAACCGAGCCGGCCUACGUGCCGUGUAAAUGGUACGAUGCCUGGUACGGAUUGACUGGGGAUAAUGGAGGUGAGCCAUGCCCACGGAGGCUGGGGAAAAUGGUCAUGCAUUCUGGACAUCCUGGAUAUGCUCCCUAUUAUGAAACAUCGAAUAAGCGCUAUUAUUAGUUCGGGCGUUAUUACGGCAAUGAAAAUCUGGCUUCCUAUAAUUUUUAUUGCAAAUAAAUAAUCAUUAACAAAA